AUGCCUGUUUCCCACGCAACAGGUGCGGAGAAAGGUUUGAAGCGGCAGGCCUCCAGUGUCAUACUUUCUCUUACUCUAGAGGAUAUCGCCUAUACCAACGCUCAGCGGAUCCUCUCCAUUACCGGUACCUUCUUCACCGCAGCUCUAUCAAUCGUAUUACUGCGGUGUUAUGUGCGGGUCGUGAUGUUGAGGGUGUUUGGAAAGGACGACUACAUGAUGGUAGUGUCUAUGGUGUUUGCCACGAUUUCCUUUGCCUGCUUCGUGAUCGAAACUCAAAAUGGCCUGGGCAAUCAUUUGAUGGUGCUUCUUAUGGACGCCAACAUGUACAAGAAAUUCGCCAAAAUGCUCGUACAGGUCUCAACACAACAUUCACAGCUUUCCGGAAGAGCGGACAAGGAGGCAUGGGACGUGGUCAACGCCGAGGUCAGCAACGAGAGCAUAAAACCAGUCCAAUUGGGUCCAAAGGAUAUCAGCGUGACUACGGAGGUCCGCGUUACCUAG